AUGAACUUGACGCAGAACUGCGAGAAAGUAGCCUUGCUUCACCAACAAGGUUCUCAACAAGCAGAGUUGUUGAGAGAACAAGGUGCUCAACAGUUUGAACUGUUGAGACAGCAGCAGGCUGCUGCUGGCGGGUCGAUGCACUCGCGUCGGCCCGAGACUUUGAAGAUUGACAUCUCAAAGGCGCGUCGCAUCGACGACGGGGAUAUGCAAGUUGCAUUUGCCCAGUCAAAUCUGGCAGGACGUGCCAAGACUUGGGCACUGGGGCUCAAGUUGCACGACCCAUACGCGUUUGGGUCGUUGGAAGUCUUCAAGUCGCGGCUCAGACAAACGUUUGAACCGCCUAGAGCUGAGUUCAGAGCUCGAACCGAACUCUUGAAGCUCAAGCAGGGUAAGCGUGAUGUGCACGCUUACGCGCAACAUAUACGACAUCUCACGAGUUGUAUAAGUUCCAACCCGGUGGAUGAACACACGUUGGUUUCGGUGUUCAUGCAGGGUCUUGCGGACGGUCCCGUCAAGACUCACCUGUUCCGACUCGAGCUAGAUUCACUAGAACAAGCAAUUUCCAUUGCGGAACAGGAAGACUUCAGUCUGAGACAGGCUCGCGCCAGCUCGACAUCAUAUCGUCAACCGAGACGAUAUGACAGCGGAGGUCCAGAGCCGAUGGAACUCUGUUAUGUAGAGAGCGAGAAGGCUCGCUCUACAGACUACAAGAAGUUGCAGAGAUGCAACAGAUGUCAAAAGACAGGACACUACGCUUACGAGUGUAGUGCCCCUCGUCCAGUGUCUCGCAACACUGGGCGUAGUGACCGUCCACCCAAGGGGCAGGGACGCGGGUCCGCUGUUGGUGCAAAGACGCAACAAAGGGAUGGACCGUCAAAAAACGGACAGGAUCAGUAG